UGAAAACCAUUCUGUCAUGUCGCUGUAACGUUCAGUGUGGCACGGCUUAACGGCGAGGAAUGUGUCGGGGUAUAAGUAUAUCACAACGAUUUUAAUUUAUUCACUAGAAAAAUAGUAUCCCUGUUAACACAGAAGAGACGCAAAGUUACUGUCGAGACCGCGAGGUUUUUAAUCGGGGGAAGGCAAUUUAGCUUGGGAAGCUAACGUUACAUAUACUCGUUUUUGCUAGCAACUGACCUCCACCACCUCCACACGGCGCAUUGGACUAGUGAUCAAUAAGUUACAAAUUCCUUUGUCGUCAGCCCUCCUACCAACCCAAAGUGGUGCCCUGCGUACGGGUCCUGUGAAUAUGAGACAGAAUGAGUCAGAGAGAUACCCUGGUUCAUCUGUUUGCUGGAGGGUGUGGGGGAACGGUAGGAGCCAUCCUGACCUGUCCCCUGGAGGUGGUGAAGACCAGACUACAGUCAUCCCACAUCACACUCUACGUGUCUGAGGUGCAGCUCAGUACCGUCAAUGGGCCCAGCGUAGCACGCAUGUCCCCUCCAGGACCUUUACACUGCCUCAAGUUGAUUCUUGAGAAAGAAGGAGCCCGCUCUCUGUUCAGGGGCCUGGGGCCUAACCUAGUGGGCGUGGCCCCCUCCAGAGCCAUCUAUUUUGCUGCAUACUCCAGUGCCAAAGAGAGAAUGAAUGGAGUGUUUCAGCCGGACUCUACACAGGUCCACAUGGUGUCUGCUGGCUUGGCAGGGUUCACAGCCAUCACAGCUACCAACCCUAUCUGGCUCAUCAAGACUCGCAUGCAGCUGGACUCCAGGAACCGCGGGGAGAAGCCCAUGAAUGCGUUUGAGUGUUUGCGGCGGGUGUACCAGACAGAAGGCCUGCGAGGGUUCUACCGGGGAAUGUCAGCGUCCUACGCUGGAAUCUCAGAGACUGUGAUCCACUUUGUCAUCUAUGAGAGCAUCAAGCGGCGCAUCCUGGAGGCCAAGGCCACGCAGCACAUGGACGAGGAGGAGUCGUCGUCCAAGGAUGCCUCAGACUUUGUGGGGAUGAUGCUCGCCGCCGCCACCUCCAAGACCUGUGCCACGUUCAUCGCUUACCCCCACGAAGUGAUCCGGACCCGGCUACGGGAGGAAGGCACCAAGUACCGUUCCUUCUUCCAGACUCUGACCACGGUGCCCAAGGAAGAGGGCUACCAGGCGCUGUACCGCGGCCUUACCACCCACCUGGUGCGCCAGAUCCCUAACACUGCCAUCAUGAUGUGUACCUACGAACUAGUGGUCUACAUGCUAAACGGGUAACCUUUGUCCCUUGACCUACGACCCCAGAUUAAACCCUAGAGAUGGGUCUACUCCCCACGUUGGACCAAUGGCACAAAGAGACCCCCAAGAAACAGGACAGGGACCAGGUACUGUCAUCUCUCACACCUCCAGUCCCUCCAUCCUGUCUAAAACGAGAGCAAAUUGUCCCAAAAGCACCCUGUUUUGGGAUGGGGAGUUGGGUUGUUUUCAGGGGUGCACGACACAGGAAGAGGGGUUGGUAGACAGGAAAUCACCAUGUUUGUCUUGGGAAUAUGGUUUAAAGGUGUUUAAAAAGAAGCGGUGUCAUUGAAAAUUAGUUCUUAGGAGCCCUUUCUCCUUUUCUUGCCCUCUCUUAUCGUCUCUCCUAAAUAAGCUUCUUUACACGAGCAUAGGUUACUGGAGCAGGUACAGUGGGGAGAACACUCAAGCUAUUUUAGUCUAACAAUACUAAUCAUUUCUCUGGUUUGUGUGUCAAGGGGGCAAUUGGUAGUAGAGGCUUGUUGAGUGCAGGGAGGUCUUAAGAAUAGGGUUGAAGGUUUGAGCGAGGUGGAUAGGGGAUGUGCCUUGCCUUGCCUGACGACUUCAACUGUCCUGUAUAGAUGCACAAUAGUGAUUUGAGGAAGAGGAGCAAAGGUCAGACCAGCCCUGGUUUCUGGAUCUCAUUAGACCACAGUUGGACCGCAGGCAUUCAGAACCACACACAGUUCUCGUCGGGUCCACUUUGCACUCAGGACCAAGCCCUCCACCCCAGUUGGUCAACAAGCUCACAGGUCGUCCCUACAGGGGCUAGUCCACUGCCAGGCCUAACCUAACCUCUGUGACUGGCUGGCCCUGACUAACACUAUAAGGAUUGAUACUCUGACUCAUACUGGAAGCUUAAACACAUGCAGCAGUCUUUACAGUGUUCUCUUUGUGUGGGUGUUCUGUAAAGUGGGUGAUAGUAAGAAACUUUUGACCCACUCCCUCAUACCACCCAGACUGACCAGAAUCAUCUGCCAUUUUAAACUACUUGAAUGUUAAUCAACACAAGGAAUAACAAAUGAAAGACUAUGGGUCUCAAAAAUGAUAAGAGAAUGCAUAAAAAGUUUACAAACUUAACAAGACAAUUAUAUGAAAUCGUAUAAAUGUCUUCAUAAGAUGUAACAUUGUUGCAUUUUUCUGCCCAGUCAUGGGAGUGUAAACUAUAUGUUUUUUGGGGGAUUGGAGGGUGAACCUCUGAACCCCAAUGUUUCCCCUUUGACACACAGUAUGUGAUUCUUUCUGCAGACCUGCUCUGACCUCCAGUUGCAUCUCUUCUUUCUCUGCCUCAGAAUCCAAGCAAGUGUUACAGAUGAGACAAUCCUCUGUCCGGUGUUCACUUUGGGAAUAGAUGGGAUUCUCUUGAGUGUACGUGUGUGAAAUGCUACACGAUAAGGAGACCCUGUGUUGUCUGUCCCCAUACUUUAUGCAGUAUAUGUUUUUUUUAAAGAAAACAAGUUGACUGCAUUUGAGAAUUUUUUUAAUGUUUUAUUCUGACUUUUUUGAUGCCUUGCCGUCUACUUCUUUCGACUCCCUUUAUUUAGCUGUUUUUCCUGUUAUUUUCUGAUUGUCAUUUUGAAACUGUGAGAACUCAAUGUUCAUCAUCUCCUUGUCUACCUGUUUACAUUGUCUUGUGUAACCAUAGAGACGACCUUACCUACUGACCUUUCCCCACGAACAUGAUAUGAGCACGAAGAGCCUUCCCAGCACAUGUAAGCAUCACUGCAGCCAUUCAGUCAAAUAUCCACAGGUCACACUAAUGCUAGAAAUAAGAAUUAGGUUGAUAACAUGCUUACUGUUCCUUAAAAGAGAGUGCACAACAACAUUUUUAAGUUGCACCUGUAUUCGUCUGUCACUGUCUCACUCGUCAUAAUUCACGAUGCAGGAGUUUUUAGAAACAUUCUAUUCCUAUUUAUAAUAAAAUUGACUUUAAAAUGACAAUACAUUUACCAUAAAUUUCUAUUGGGAACAAAAUAAUAUGAAACACAACCAAAUCAAACACAUUUGUAGUCACAUUCUUGACGUAAUCAUUGCGUGCUAUGAAUAUGGGACCAAAUACUGAACUUUUUACUAUUUUAAUACACCUAAGUGCAUUUGUCCCAAUACUUUUGGUCACCUAAAAUGGGGAGACUGUGCCAAAACAACAAAUGUGUCACUGCCCCAGUACUUGGAGCUCCCUGUAUAAUUAAUAUAUAUAUUUGUUUUUAUUGAUCCAUGGGGGCCGCCAGUUGCCCAUCCCUGACCAACAUGUGCAUGUUUCUACUCUGGGUCUGUGUGUGCUUAUAACCAGAGACAUUUGGUUCUUUCACAUGGGUCUGUUCUCAUCUUGCCCCUGAAUGUAUGAAUUGUGUGUGUUCGAGAGCGUGUUUCCGUUCCAUAUGAUUCUUGUCGUGCAGGUGUGUGUGUGUGUGUCAGAAUGCUCUCAGUCCAUUAAUGACUAAAUGGUGUGUUCCAUUUGUUUCCUCUAAUUUGUGUUUUGUAUUUGCUCAUGAGGUCUUUGACGAGCCUCCUAGAUGCGUGGCUAACUUUAUGCAUUCUUCUCACACCCCUGGUUUGUAAAACAAAAAUCUAUAAAUGGGAAAGGGUGCUCGGGGCAUUUUGGCAUGUGUGGUUUGAUUGUAUCCAGAAAAUGUCUAACACUUUACCGGCAAGGAAAGAAACAGUUCACUAAACUGUGCAUUUCUAUAACCAGCAGAUGGCAGUAUUGACUUCAGGUGCCUGCAGCAAACUCUACCAAGUCGCUUAUAACAAACACACCCAAGUUUCCAUUUGUAUUAGUCGUAUGUACGGGAUACAUGGUAUACACCAUCCAACUAAAUGCUUACGUGCAGGUUCCUUCUCUACAAUGCAACAACAAUACGAACAUAAAGUAAGUGGCUCAGAAUACAUUUUUUAGCAUCAGUAUAAUACAGGAAGGCAAUUUAUAGUCCGAUAUGUGUUUUGGAGGGCAGGUGUUUAAAUAGUGCAGUAUUUAGCGAUCAUAAGUGUGUGAGUCAGUGCAGGUGGUCAGUCCAGUUGAAGUGGUGCUAAAAGAAUGACUGUCAUGGGUCUAGAUGGAGGAUGUUGACGUCAGCCAGACAACUGAACAGAAAAACAACCCUCCCACACAUGACAUGUCCUUUCAGAGGAAUUACCUUCACACAAUACCCUCUACCACAUGGUGGAUGUGAAACGGUAGUGAGGUGCUCUUUUGUCAAAUUUUCUCUCUUUCAAUAAAGUACUUUCUUUCCAUUCUUCA